UAGCAUCAGAUUCCGAGGAUGACAAGAAACUACGUCAAGCGGAGGCCAGAGCGGUCAGGAAAUCCAGACCUUACAAGAAAAGGGUGUCCGGUAGGGGCGGCCAUUCGGGUGGUGUUGGGCGUGGCCAUUAUCGCCCUGGUGUCGUCAAUGACCAGCCCUUCGGCGCUGUUUCGUCAGGAGGUGGUUCAGGUACUACCGGAGGGGGGCGGCCCUUUCGGAGGGCCUCCCCGUACGACGUAUGCUUCAAGUGCGGGGCCAUGGGACACUGGGGUAGACAGUGCCCCGCGUGGAACAAUGGACAAUACGGACAGACGGGAUACCCAAGCUACGGAGGGUCGGCGCCCGGUCCUAGAUUCGCCGCCGGAGCACAACAGGGAGGAUCCGGAGCCAAGUGAUCAUGACUUUGAUGUAAUUUGUCGACAAUCGCUGAUGACUUAAGACUGGACAGGUGUGAAAAAUGUUUUACUUAGAAGGCAUUGUGUACACAGGUCGAGGGACUUCGAAGGAGACGGAUUAAUUCCAUGGACCAAUUGUUUUGCCUAAAUCCCAGAGUUUCGCAUCCACAUGUCGAUUUAAUUGUAAAAAUCUCCCACAAUAAAUGGUGCUUUGCUCACUACAGAGGCUUCCUCCCAUACAAGUGUUUGUGUUGUGAUGAUAAAUUAUUUAUGUGCGUUUG